ACUACUAAAAAUGACAGGCUUUGGUUCUCCUUGUGGAGCUUGCAAGUUUUUAAGAAGAAAAUGUGUUAAGGGUUGUGUUUUUGCUCCUUACUUUUGCCAUGAACAAGGAUCCACACAUUUUGCUGCAAUUCACAAAGUUUUUGGUGCAAGCAAUGUGUCGAAACUACUCGGGCACCUCCCGAUUAAUGAUCGUUGCGACGCCGCUCUAACGAUCUCUUAUGAAGCUCAAGCUCGUCUUCGAGAUCCUAUCUAUGGUUGUGUUGCUCAUAUCUUUGCUCUUCAACAACAGGUUGUUAACUUGCAAGCACAGUUAGCAUCACUGAAAGCUCAAGCUGAACAAAGCUUUGUGAUCAAUAAUGGCUCUUCUUCUUCUUCUUCUCAUUCUUCCAUUUCAAUCAAUCAAGAUUGCAAUGGAUUACUGCAGAGUCUUAUGAACAUGAACACUGAUCAAUCUUAUCAAGAUAAUUAUCAUUUGAACUCGAUAACCGAACAAUUCUCGGUCAGCUUUGAUGAGAACUCUUGUGGCAUGGAGUCACUAGGCAUGCAGGAAGAUAUGAUCAAGAGAUCAACUUACCAUGACAUGGAUGAUCUUCAGUCUGUUGCCUUUGCUUAUCUUCAUCACUCAUGAGUGGUAGAGAUAUUUUAAUUAGUAUCUUUAUCAACAUUAAAU